CAUAUUGCAAGUUGGCUCGUCCGCAAGAGGUUGGAGGCGGUUUUUGAAUCAUAAGAACCGAUCCACAUGAUCUCCUGGCUCUUGGUGCUUGUGCUUGAUGAGACUACUUUCCUGUAGUAUUGAGACUGUUGUAAGAACAACCACGUCAAACGAUUCUAUCUCUCUAAUAAUAUCAGGCAUCUAUCAUGAUCAUCACAUAAUAAUAUCACUCUAUUUUUGCUUUUAGCUUUUACUUUUCGCCUUUACUUUUAGCUUUUGUUUUUACUUUUUGGCUUUCACUUUUAAGUUGCGGAGGAGUAGUUUGGCCAUCACGACUUUAGUCUUAGCAAGUGCAAGGGAUAGAUUACGCGUGCUUCCAGUAUCAGAAAGAGACGAGGAAGAUGAAGAUGCGCUCGACAAAGCUGCUGAUCGCAGUAUUGACAUGGUCUGUCGCGUGGCCUGCGCUUGUGCAAAGGAAUGUUCUAGGCUCAUUUCUGAGCUCCCGUAGCUCAACAAAUGCCGUUGAAGGAAGUACUAGACCGGGUCGUGAUCUUAUUUCUCACGGAAAUGAGCACCAGCAGGAGCAAACGGCGGAUAAUAUUAACAACCACGGUGGUCGAAGCUCCACCAGCACGUUGUCGGCUGAAGCAGCAAGGAACACAGCAGCAGGAACAAACACGGGGGAAAUGAAGACAUUCUCCUUCCAGUUUCUGUACUCUCCUCGCCGGUUCUUCCAGAUUCCCUCUUUACCCGACACGGACGUUCGUCUUUACUUUCAGCUUUCAGGCUGUUCGGAAAAGGGAAAGACCACGGUGGCCGAGUUUUUGGAUGACGCGAAGAAAAUGGCCGCGAGCCGCUUGUUGCGCAUAGAGGACGACGCGUACAACUUAAAACACGGCGCGAAUCGCAUAUUUUUCGUAACUCCAGACCGUGAGGAGGGAGAGCAGCGAUUGCUGACCCUGCUGCGCGCCGCGCUCCACGAGGGCUGGCUGUUGUUGGAGGAAAGGCAGAAGGUGUCACCAAGUGGAAUUUUGCGCCCAAAGGGAUUCGGAGAGCCGUUUGCGCCGGACGGACUGCUUGCUUACACCGUUUCGACGAACACCCUGAGUCUGCGCGAGGAAGUCCUAGCAGCGCAUUUCGGAGAUCUAUUUCUCUUGCCUGCUGGUGGUACUAGCGGCGCAAAAAUCUUCUCUCCUCCUCCUCUCGCGGAGAAAUUAGAGGAAGUUGGUGUCGAAGUGUCCUGGGAUAACGAUAAUGAAGAUGAGGUGCUACUGUUGAAUUCCGCAGAGGAACACGCGGAGUAUCAACUGCAGCGAGAUCUGUUGACAGUGAGUCCUUCGACAGUAGAACCGAUCGCGGCGAGUGUUCGCGCCUUCGAGACGGUGUUCAAGAACCUCCCCAAGCCGCCAGUGGAUGUGCGAACGCUCCACAAGAAAGGCCUCGAGAUGCAGGCGAGUGUGGCAGCGCACAUGUCGGCCAACCUGGUUUCGUGUCCGAAAAGCGUCGCUAUCACAUCCGACGAAAUAAGGCACCUGCUAUUUUUCCACGUUUUGGAACGCUUGUUGCCCAGGGUGGCGGUUUUGGUCGGCUUCUUGGGAACCGUGCGGCGUAAACAGCGAGACCUCCACGCGUUGUUAGGUGGGGGUCCGAUCCAUCACGACGAGGAAGCGUCUUUAUUGCAACAAGCGGUCAGCGGAAAUCACCCUUUUCAACAGCACGAGAAGGAGAAAACGGAGUCGGAGGAAGGGGAACAAGACGAGGAGCAGUCUGUCUCUGUACCUCGUUGGAAGAUAUUAAAUCCUUGGGCGUCCUUUAUAGGCGCUCUACGCGCGAAGUUUCACUGGUACGAUAUCCAUAUCGUCGAUACCGCCCGGAUGUUCUUCCCCAGGCUGCCGCCCAACUUCGUCGCGGACAGGUCGAUUAAAUUCUGUGUAGAUUCUCAGCUGCAAAUUUUGCGCAUUGCGAAGGAGCGUUUGAGUCAGGAAGUCGAACUGGCCCGGAAAGGCGGGUGGUGGGAAGAUAAGCUGGAGGCGGCGAGAAUACAGAUGGGCGAGGUUCAGCAAAAGGAGGAUCAUUCUGUGGCCGAGGUCGUCGCGGGAUCUCUCACCGCAUUGGAAGAAAACGUAGAAUUCAUCACCGCUUCUAAUCUAAGUGCAUGAAGCUGCGAGGAGCCGAGGCGUCAUGAACUCUGUUGCCUAUGAUAAAUAUAGGCCGCCACGCGAACACACGACCUUCAUGGAACAUUUGCUUCACGCGCAAUAAUGCGACAAGAUCUACUGGUAAAUUUAAGGGUAAGGAACAUCUGACCUAGGCACGCGCUUCACCUUACGCUAAUUUUUGCGCGCGGUGUUACAGCUCGCGUGCAACGCUGACAUUACUUUUUUCCUAGUGUAGUCAUAAUCAACGUGAGUUGGCUGAAUUACGAAC